AUGGAGCCUCUCUUUGGGGCUGUGCUGGGUUUGAUUCUGGCAGUCGCUUCACCAGCCCAUGACAGCUGUACUUGUGCGACCAACAAGUGGGCAGUGUGUGCCCAGGACGGCCCAGGGAACUGCACCUGCAGGCUGGCAGGUUCAGAUCACCCCGUAGACUGCUCAACCCUGACUUCUAAAUGCUUCCUGAUGAAGGCAGAAAUGAUCCCCCUGAAGGAGAAGCGCCUCUGGAGACCUCCCCAGGGGGUGUCAGACAGCGAUGGUAUUUACAACCCCGACUGCGAGGACAGCGGUGUCUUUAAAGCCAGGCAGUGCAACCAGUCCAGCACCUGCUGGUGCGUGAACUCCGCGGGCGUGCGGAGGACGGAGAAGGGAGGCAGGAGCCUGAGCUGCAGCGAGCUGGUCCGGACACGGUGGAUCUACAUCGAGCUGACACACAAGAGGAGCUCCAGUGCCUUCGCUGCUGCCGACGUGGCGAAGGCCCUGACCCAGCUGUUUGAGAGCAGGUACAAGCUGCACCCCAAGUACAUCGCAGCCAUCAAGUACGACCCCCCCCUUAUCCAAAUCCGCCUGGACCAGAACAAGAAACCCAGGUGGGAUGUAGAUAUAGCUGACGUGGCCUAUUACUUUGAAAAAGACGUGAACAAUGACUCCGUGUUUCCUUCCGACAGUAAAUUCGCUGUCUCAGUCAAUGGAGAUGCUCUGGCUAUUGAAAAGCUCCGGAUUUACUAUGUGGAUGAAAAGCCCCCCGAGUUCUGCAUGAGGCAGCUGGCAGCUGGCAUUAGUGCUGUGGUCACCGUGGUGGUCCUCACUGCUGGCAUUGGCAUCGCCGUGCUGCUCAUCCUCAGGUGGCUGCGCACAAGGACAUAUAAAAAAUUUGAGUGUAAAGAAAUGAGGGAAAUUAAAGCCCCAAGCUUAGAACUGACCUGA